GUUCAACGGGUGGGGGGUGGGCCAGCCAUUGGAGGAGGUUGACAAAACGCUGCAAUUUUGCCGGUGUAAUUUUCGGGCGCAGGCCGACGGCAGCCCGGGCCUGGCUUACAACCGCCCGAUCAUCGAACACAUUAUUGAGUUAUCAAAUGCAAAUAUGUCUGGGUCUGGAAGAGUGCAAGACUUGUCAUGCAUAUUUCUUAUGACCCAUGAUGGCUGUAGUGCAUGGCCGAGCAUCACAGACUUUUAGAGGGCUUCCUGAUGCGCCUUCCGCAUGAGAAGUCCAUUGUCUGCACAGCACAAACUGGACCCCUCUUGCUGGUCAUGCAAUACAAAUUUCCCUAGAAACCAAAAACAGCAUGACAAGUUGCGACCUUCCAGACCCAGACAUAGUUGCAAUCCAUAUGAGUUGGCAGACGGAAAACCGGUAGAUUUGCUCUUGACCUCCGAGGGACCCUGCGGGCUGACAAGGUACUCAUAAGAAAAUAUAUGCAACGUUUUUACAACCAGGAGUGUACAACCAGGAGUGUCCGAAUUUGGACAGCAUAUUAGUGCUGGCGCAACUUACUACAUCUUUACUUUGUGCUGCAACCACAUGAACCAUGCUGGUCGGUCACCACCACCAGAACAUCAUCAAAAGCCAAAUAAAAAAACAGCCUGGUUCCCGCCGAGGAGUUGCAUCGGGACCGGGACUUUUUGCCGCAAAAUUACGAAUUCAACGCCUCUCCCGCGGUGAGCGAGUUGAUCCGGGCGUUAAAACCGCGGUGGCACUUUUGGGCCACGGGCACCGACAAGUGCUACCGGCGGAAACCCUUUAUGUCCAGCGACGGCCGCCACGUCGUCCAGUCGGUCGGGCUGGCGUUCGGGGGGAAGAAGGGGCGGCAUAACGUAGAGGGGGCUUACAAAGGGAUGCACGCAAUACAGCUCAAGGACACCGUCCUGAACGUAAUGGAUAGGUUUUCUCUUUUUGGAUAAAGAUUUUUGCAGACUUUAGAAAAUGUUUCGCUUUCGGAUUCUCAUUCUUUUACUUUUUCUAAAUUCGUAAUCGGUCGAAAACAACUCCACAGGCCUCCCUGACGCACCUGCAAAAGGGGUUAGAAGACGCCACGAAGAACCCCUUUGUGGACGAGUUUUGUCUUCCCCGGUUUCCCGAGGAGUUUUGUAUGCAGACCGGGGUGCCCUUUGACAGCACGAUGCGGCGGGAGAUGCUGAAAUACGUGACGGACGACAUGAACGAAGAGCUGGAUAUCAGCGGGGAAGACGAGGACCAAGCGUCGGAGCAGGGUAGUAGUAGCGGUAGUUCCGAAGAUGCUGGUGAAGAAGAGGUUCUUGGCGAAGAGGACAUUAUACAACAGCCGGUGCUUUCUGUGGGCGGAGAUGAGGACAAGGAAAUAUCUGUCCUCGCCGAGCAAGAUGAAAACGAGGCGGAUCUGGCGAAUGCAGAAAUCCUUUCUACCGACCAAAAUGAGCCAGGGACGAGCACUAUCAACAUCGCUGCACCACCCGUAUCCUGUGCAAAAGUAUCGUACUCGUACUAAUCCCAUUCACGCAUUACAAAUUUCUUUCUCAAGUUAAAUCCGCAUUACAAAUUUUAUUUGUCACGCUGAGGAAAUUUGUAUUGCAAUUCAUACUAGUGCGAUACUUUUGCAAUGCAUAACCCGGGGAGAGCCGACCAAGCGAGGCCGGAUCUUACGAGAGCGUCUCCAGUGACGGCAGCCGGGUGGCGCAGGACCAACACAUAACGCUGCGGCAGCCGGGCGGCCAUGGCCAACAACAACAGGGCCCCGCAGCAGUUGAUCAAGAGGCACAACUAGUAGAUCAAGAACUCCCCCUGAACCCGAUCAGCGAGGACGAUGAGGAAGAUUUUGAUUCGGGUGAAAAUGAGGGAAGUCGUAGCGCCGGGCCGGUUCUCUCCGAGGACCGAACGCCCGGAACGCCGGUCAGAAAUGGCACAAGUAAAAGCGGUGCGCAAGAGCUGGCGGCGGGACAAGAACCUCUGCGUGGCGGUAGUCAGCCUGCGAGGGAAGAGGCGCGGCGAGGAGUUUUUAAGAGAGCAGCCGCGCCCUCCUCUCCCCGGGUAGUAGCAGAAGAAGUUCGGAGCAGCAGUAGACCACGUGGCGGAAGUAAGGUGUUAUCGUCUCCCCGCAGCGGUGGAGCUCCAGGUCCAGGCGAGGAAAACCGAAAUGGGAAUGAACAAGUAGAUAUUUCUAAUCCGGAGGACGAGGACGAUGACGACCUGAUUUCGGUGGACGAAGACGAGAAUGUUGUGGAUUUAAACGCACAAAUAGAACAAGCAGCGUCCUCCUCCAAGCGGAGGAGCGCGGCGCGACAGGAUGUUGGACAGGGCCGACGAGAAGUACAACUGGUAGAGCACGACCGGCAGAAGAAUGAGGACCAACAAGAACAGCGCAUGAGUGUCAGUGACAGUGGUCACGGAAUAAAGGGGCCGCAGGCGGAUGACGACGAGGACAACAUCAUAUCCCCGUCCUUUUCGCAGAAUGACAAUACUGACAACAACUCCGCCGGAGCUGGACACCAGCAAGAAGGUGUUCUGGCGCAACAGCUGCAACCAGAGGUGGUCUCGAGGGCAGUCAGUCACCGUCUGGUCACUCCGGGGUUAACUACCGGUAGUCCACCGGGAGCAGGGGGAACUACGCAGCUACACCCAUCGCAGCCGAUGAAUGUGAUGCCCAAUUAUCAACCGAGCGAGGAGGAAGUGUCCGCCGGUCUGGCCCCGGUGCAGUUUUACCACGAGAUCCGGAUGUCGCAGGACCCCAAAUACCCGGAGAAAACGAUUAUGAAGUGCCGGGUCGCGGCUGACCGCGUGCUGGUUUUCGAGACCGGGCACAUCGCCCGACAGGCCAACGGGGCGGCGUUUUGCGGGAUGGGCGGCACCUUUGUGCUCGGCACCGCGACCGCGUCAGGAGCGACGUCGGGUGCCGGCGAUUCGAAUUUUUCCAACCUCACAGUGGAAUACAAGGAACGCUCCUCCGCUCUAGGGAAAACCCUGGUGAAAGACCGCGCGGGGAACCGAAACGCGCAGUUUUUGGAAAACCACGAGCUGUUGGUGUCCCGGCUCACGGAGUCCCCGUUUCGCCAACGGUUGGCGCUCUGGUGGAAGCAGGAAACGCAGGUGCUGCUGACCUGUCUGUCCGCGGAUAAGGAUCACCUACCGCAACCCUUGGCCUUGAACGCCGGGGCGUGCGCGCUGUGGCUUUCAGACAUCCCCAUGGACGAGCCGGUGGCGGGCUGUCUGGUCGCGGGCUUCUACCGCCCGAUGGUUGAGGGCGAGUUGGAAACCUUGUCGGAUAUCGAGAAACAGAGUAUGGGAAAGUGGGAACAAAAUAUGAAGAUGGAGUUCAUUCUGUUCCCGAGUUACGAAGAGAAGAAAAAUGCUGAUUUGGUGGUCUAUUGUGUGGGAACGAAAACGGCUCUGCAGGUCUUGGAGGUGAACGCGGACUUUUGCACAGAGGCGGAACUCGUGUACGCCAUGACGUUGGCGCAAAACUCCAUCACCUUUCUCUGCCACAGCUUCCUGAAACUCGGCGAGCGGAAGGGGAAAAAGAAGCAAGAGCAACCGUCGAUCUCCGCCCUCACGAUGGACAGCGACGAGAUGCUGUUGCAGACGUUGUAUGAACCGCAAAAGUAUCGUACUCGUAUAAAUGCAUUACAAAUUUUUUUAGCAUGAGAAAUGAAAUUUGUAAUGCGGAUUUAGCUUGAGAAAAAAAAAUGUGAUGCAUGAUUGCAAUUACUACGGCUACGAGUACGAUACUUUUGCACAGGAUACGUUGGUAGGACAGAUGCGAUUGAAGAAUUUGAAAGUGAUCACCGAGCACUACUUUCUGAACCACUUGUCGAAGCACAAGCCGACAAAACAUCUGGCGUUACUCGACGAACUCUUCAAGCUCCACAUCCGUCCGGCGUGGCUGCACGCGUUUCCGGAAUCCCUGAUCCAAAAGGCGUUUGAGUUGGUUUGCGGCGAGGCGAUGGCGGCCUACGUGAAACUGACGCGGAAGCGGAUUUGCGGACGGCAGAUCCACGAGGUGCGGGAGGUUUCCAUGGAUUUAAAAUAUCUACCCGGCCCGCACGGCAGCGCGGUCUUCACGAACGGCGAUACGCAGACGUUCGCCACGACGACUCUAGCGGACAGCAGUGGCAUGCUAAGAAUUGAAAACGGACCUUUGCAAGACGGCGGGGGCGUGAACAACGCAAAUCCGAAUGCAACAGCGCAGCAGCAAUUUGGUGGCUCUUCUUCUUCUUCUUCUAGUAGCUCAUCAUCAACAGCCCGGCGGUUCUACAUGCAGUGCUCUUACCCGGCAAUGAUCUCCUCUUCCGACGCGGCGAAACGGAUGUUGAACAGUACCACAACCCGGGAAACAAAACAAAAAAACCAGAAGCGGGAGAUCGGGCACGGGAACUUCGCGGAGCGGGCCCUGAAGCCUUCUCUUCCAGACGAAGAAGAAUUCCCCUACACCAUCCGGGUGGAGUCGUUUAUCACGGAGAACUGCGGGGGGACGAGCAUGGCGUCUGUCUGCGGCGGUUCGCUCGCCCUGGCGGACGCGGGCGUCCCGGUCAAGACCCCGAUCGCCUCCGUGAAGCUCGGGCUCCUGGACGCCGGGAAGAUUGAUUUUGCGAAGUUAGUAGAGAUGGACAGAGCGAACUACAACUCCAGCUCCUUAUCCCCGAGUCUGUUUAAUCCGGAAUUUCCGCUUCCGGCGUAUUUUGUCGGGGAGGAAGCGCAGAUCAUUCUAACAGACGUGACGGACUUGGAAAAGUAUCUCGGACUGAUGGAUCUGAAAGUCGCCGGGAGCAGAACCGGAAUCUCCGCGGUGCAACUGGACGCAAAGAACUCUGGUACAGAUACUGAAGUAUUAUAUUUUGAUGCGGAAGAUUAUGACUUGCAUUUGCUGUAGUUGUCGCGGUGAUUUAAGUGAAGGUUUCUUGUUUUCAUGGAGUUCUUUCUUGAAUCGCUUCGAUCAUGAUUUUCAUUUUCAACUACAUUGAUUUGUAGCCAUACGAGCCAUACAUCGAUAUACGAUCCAAACUGAAAAAAUUCCUUACCACAGGUGUGGACAUCAACUGUUUGUCCGCCGCGUUGUUUCAAGCGAAGGCCGCCCGGCUGCACUUGUUAGACGAGAUGUCGAUUGCGAUAACCGACCAGGCCCCUCCCGCCGGCACUUUAGCUGACCACGUGCCGAAACUGAUUCGGUUCAAGAUUCCCGCGGAGUGCAAGGGGCGCGUGAUCGGCCCUGGGGGUAGCAACUUGCGGAAACUGGAGCAGGAGUUUGAUUUGAUCACGCUGAAUUUCAUGGACCAGAAUGCGGAGGUCAUCAAUGUGGAAAUUUUGGGAAGAAGCGAGGAGAUGGUGGAGACGGCGAAAUUGGUGAUUUUAGACGCCUGUCGCUCGGCGAACGUGGACAGCGUGAACGAGAGAGGCGGUGGUGGGGACCAACAGCAACAUCUGCAAGGAGGGCAACACCAACACUUUCAUGACCAGGACGACGUGCCGAAUGCCCGGAUCCAAACCAUCGGCGGUCACCGGGACUACUUGCAAAAGCAGCAGUCCUUGCAGGAGUCUCUACUCCGUGGCACAACUGUGCGAUCGCCGACUGCGAGUAUGAUUAAAGGCGGGGGCUUGUUGCCCCCCGGCGGUGGUAGAGCUUCUUUAGGGCAGGCAGUGGUAGUUGAUGAAAAUUAUAACGAGCAGCAGGGAACUAGAAAUGUGGACAUGGAGGUGGACGAGAAUCAGCCAGGAGCUGCAAGUGUCCAUCUUCUGAACAAGCACAAGAACAGCAGCUCCUCAAAAAGCAGAAACAUGUCAACAUUUUUCAACAAUUCCAUGAUGAACCAGCAGCAACACCAGAACGUGGAGAUUCUGCAGUUUGAAAUUCCGCCCUCGCUGCGCAACACCGUGCUCGGGCGCGGGGGCGCCACGGCCCGGCAGAUUGUGGAGGAUUUUCAUUUAGAGGAUUUGAAAGUGGACGAGAGCGGCGUGAUCACCGUAAUCGGCGGGAAUUGCCUGAAGGACCGGCAACAGUGUCAGAUGUACAUCGAGCAGGUGAUUGACAACGCGCUCGCCGACGAGGAGGAACGUAAAAUGCGGGAAGCGGAAAUACUGCAGAAGCGGCGGGAAAGCGCCGAGAGGAAAGAGCGGCAGUCAGAGGUAGAAAGGAAGUUGCGGGAAGAGCUCCAGGAAGUGGAACGCCAGGAAAAAUUGCGGAGAGAGCAGGAGCAACUAGAGAGGGAGGAGGAGGAAAGGCGAAGGAGAGAAGAUCGUGAAAGACAAAGAGAACGAGAAGAUCAUGAAAGACACCGAAUUGAAAGCGCGGAGAUCUUGCGGCAGCAGCAGGAGGAGGAGGAGCGGCGUCGGCAGGAAGUGCUACAACAGCAGAGGAUUGCGAUGCAGCAGGAAAACAGUAGCCGCGCAUCAAAAUCCUCUUCUCUACUUCACAACGGUAGAACAAAUAGCAGACCGUCCUCGUCCGCAGUGGCCCCCGCGGCAGGUGGCACUACGACAACAUUACCCUCUAGGAACAGUCAGUUGCCGGCACAGCUUUUCGGAGAUCAUAGCGUCGAUCAUGUCCUGGGUCAGCAGCAAGCGACGACAAGUAAUAGCACAACAAAUAACAAGUUGAAGAUCGAUUGUCCGAAGGACAAGCAUGCGGUGAUUAUUGGCAAGCAGGGCAAAAUGAUGAAGCAGUUGAAGCAGCACUUCCAAGUGACCGAGAUCAAGCUGCGCGAGAAGCAGCAGACCUGCGAAAUCUCGGGGGGGACGGAGGAGGCGCGGUUAGAGUGCGCCACCGCGAUUCAGGAGCUGGUGUUGACCGGCACAAGUGCGUUUUUGAAUAAGAGGGAGACGGCAGCACGUACUGAAUUUUGAUACACCGACUCUGAGUCUUUUCAUGUUGAUUCUGUGAUUUUGUCGCGGUAGCGUAGGCUUGCGAAGCUGCGUAGAGGGCGCAUUCUUGUACUGAGAAUUAUUCCACACUCCGCAUAAUUAGUAAAAUAAAAUCAAAAACAGAGCCGCCACCUGCGCAGCCACAGACGAGCAAAUUUGCACCAAAUUAUCCGCAGCAAGUGGGCGGGGCGACUUCUGGACAUAUAGUACAACCUGAAAGUCAUGUAAAUCAGCGACAGAUGACCACCUCCACCCAGCAAUUCCUCCUCCCACAGCAAACAAAUCCGCCCCUCGGAGCAGCUGCAGCAGGCAGUACGAAUACAGAUCGGGAGGAGGAAUACGACUUCGCGUACGAUGCGAAGGCGAAUUUCGACAGCAAGUCGCUCGAUAUGGAUUGCAAAUAUGUCUGGGUCUGGAAGAUCGCAACUUGUCAUGCUAAAUUCGAAUCAUGCAAAAAUCUGUGUUGCAUGAGUGCCAAAAGCUGGUGUCCACUUUCGACCACGUUGGGAGGGAGUUUCUCAUGCAGGAUAGGCAUGAUAGAGACCAAGCAGAGUCUGGCAUGCUAGUCCCCGCAUUCCAGAACUCAGGGGUCAUGGAAAACCUGCAUGACAAGUUUACAGUCUGCCAGACAUCCAGGGAUAUUUACCGUUGAUACUUGACCCUGACAAGCAAAUCCGCGAGGAUUGGAAACUGGACCUGGAAAUGAACCUGGCCUCGCUUGUGGAAGGGGAGACGUAUGCUGAGUAAAAACGUGCCCACUUCCCCAGAGUCAAUGUGGGAAAUCUGCUAGACAAAUCAAAAAGCUUUGGGUGCUGCGCAUGACAAAUUUCAGCAUUUAAUGCAGUCGUAACUUUAGCUAGUGAAGCAGCAUCACAGCUCGGGCUUAUCAUGCUGAUUCGAGCAUGACAAAUCUCAAAACACGACUAGAAAACGCUCCUCAUGGGUUUGCGCAUGAGAAACAUUUUAGGCAUCCAAUAACUCUGGGUUGGGGACGGUUUUACACGGGAUAAGGCUUACUCCGUGUUCACGGACGACGUGGAGAAGAAAGGCUCGCGGCAAUUGCUGUUCGAAAUGUGCAAGGCGUUCGACUGCGACCUGGACAUUGACGAGGAGAACGGGGUGUAUGAGUUUGUGAAGGCCUGAGAAGAGGAAACCUCUGGUCCUCCCACGCAGACCAAAAUAAUAGGAUAGAGAAGGAAAAAACAAUACUUCAAUAUAUGCAAAGAAGCACUGAAGAGGAUAAUCUAAGGGGAUGGAAGAGGAUAAUCUAAGGGGACUACCUCGAAUAGAUUUACAUCAUCAUACAAAGAAGCACUUCUUCGACACAUACUGUAUUUAGCUGGGACAGAAACUUCGAAGAAGAUAAACUAAAGAGUCAGUAAAUAGCCCCGGAAAAAUCUUCAUGUUUGAAGUAAGUUAGUAAUUCGACGACGAGUAAGUAUUAGCAAACCCAUUUCAUUUGAUUUUCAGAAAAGCGACGAGCGACGCAGAAUGUACUGGGUACAAGAAGUUAUCGUUUCUAGUACCGCUACCGGCCGAAACAGUGGCAGGGGGUGAAUCUGCCAUGGUUUUCAAUCGAGAAAGAAAAAUUGUAAACUUGUGUCUUAGAUGAAAUCGUUCGGUCCUUUCUCAACAACUCGUCUGAUAAUCGUGGGCCCGCGAAGAUCGUUGUGUGUCGUUAUGCUCUACUGCUGGUAGUGCUGAGAAGCUGAUGCAUAAGCAACUACACCCCGCUCUAACCAUAGUUUCGUGCAGCUAUCGUGACGUAAACACUGGUGUCGUCAAAAAA